GUCGCCAUUGACGCCUCGCUCGGUGAGCGCGUCCCGCUUGCGGAGCAGGGCCCCAGCCGACCCCUGGCACCAUGGGCCAGUGCGGCAUCACCUCCUCCAAGACUGUGCUGGUGUUUCUCAACCUCAUCUUCUGGGGAGCAGCUGGCGUUUUAUGCUAUGUGGGAGCCUAUGUCUUCAUCACUUACGACGACUAUGCCCACUUCUUUGAAGAUGUGUACACUCAUCCUGCUGUGGUGAUCAUAGCUGUUGGAGCCCUGCUCUUCAUUAUUGGGCUAAAUGGCUGCUGAGCCACAAUCCAGGAAAGCCGCUGUGGACUUGCCACGUUUGUCAUCAUGCUACUCUUGGUUUUUGUCACAGAAGUUGUUGUAGUGGUUUGGGGAUAUGUUUACAGAGCAAAGGUAGAAAAUGAGGUUGAUCGCAGCGUUCAGAAAGUAUAUAAAACCUACAAUGGAACCAACCCUGAAGCUGCUAGCCGGGCGAUUGAUUAUGUACAGAGACAGCUGCAUUGUUGUGGAAUUCACAACUAUUCAGACUGGGAAAAUACAGACUGGUUCAAAGAAACCAAAAACCAGAGUGUCCCUCUUAGCUGUUGCAUAGAGACUGCCAGCAGCUGUAAUGGCAGUCUGGCCCACCCCUCUGACCUCUAUGCCGAGGGGUGUGAGGUUCUAGUUGUGAAGAAGCUACAAGAAAUCAUGAUGCGUGUUAUCUGGGCAGCACUGGCAUUUGCAGCUAUUCAGCUGCCGGGCAUGCUGUGUGCCUGCAUUGUAUUGUGCAGAAGGAGUAGAGAUCCUGCUUAUGAGCUGCUCAUCACCGGUGGAACCUAUGCAUAGUAGAAAACGCAAACCUGAGCUUUUUUAGUCUUGUUCUGAUUUGGAAGGUGAAUCGAGCAGGUCCACUGCUAUUGGCCUCCUGAGUUCAUUUAGUUAAAGCACACGUACACAGGUGUCGGACAGAGCACUUUGGCUCUCCACGUGUCCACCUUCUUACCUACCCACCUGUGAGUUUCUUUUCCCCUGUUCUAGCUGAC